AUGUCCAGAUCUGCAAUGAGUUACCAACCUGGAAAUCCCGCAAACAAGCUUUUGCGGGGUACCGAUGUAGUCAUUUUCGAUCAAGAUUCUAUGAAUGACCAAAAAUCAAUGCCGAUUCCCGCUUACCUACCACAGAAAGACCAAAGUUUAUAUCCACGAUUUCACAAAAACGCUGCAAACAUUGCGAAUGUCUCAAAUCCCAGUGUCUCAUUCCCUAUUCACUCUAUCCAUCUUCCUACAAUCUAA